AUGACAGCAGUUCACUAUUGUCAUACAUAUCUUCAUUUCUAUGUUCUUGGAAAACUUGCAAUCACAGAGCAAUCACACGAUCAUAAUGCCUUAAGUGGAAGGAUUCCCGUUGAUGCCAAGACUAGUCAACUUAGCGAUGCCAGACAGGCUGGUGCACCUUGCUUUAAAAUGAAUUUACAAGCUGACGUUGGUCAGGCACCGGUAGUUAGUGCUCCAGCAACACAAUUUCACCCAUUGGGAGCGCCGACUGUGAAUGUGUGCAAGAUCGAGUUGCCUACUCAGCAGUACAGCGAAGUGAAUUCACCAAAGUCACCAAUGCUGAUUGCCUCAAAGCAGACGAACCUUCACAGAACAGCUUCCAGUGAUAUCUUAAUGAGUCGUGGCACUACUAAUGGUGAUUUCGCAGAAUCUUCACCGAUCAUCUCAGAACAAGGGCAGGCAGCUGCUUUUCUUUUGGCAAUGAAAAGCGGUGACUCGAAGGGUUUCAAUAGUCCAACGCUGACGCCGACGGCCUCAGCCAAUAAGAAGUCACCGGCUAAGGGAAAAAACAAAGGAGCAUCAGUAAAUGAGACUUCACCGAAGAAUAAUGGACUUGGAGGCCUCUCGCGACUCUUGAAUCCCAAUUACAAUAUCAUGUGGCCUGACGCUGGUACGUUAUUUGAAGACGUCGCUACUGAACCGAUAACGAACGCGAAUGUACCCAUAACCAAAAAGCUAAAACGGAAUGUACUGAAGUCGCCAAAGAUCAGCCCGUCCAAAUUGAGUGAGAAGGAUGACCCGAAGCCCACUAUACAAGUACAUCCCUCUUCAGGAGGGUCAUCACCUGUGGUGAAGAAAACGACAUCGAAGAAGAAGGCAUCAGCAAAGAAAAUUCCCAGCCCAACGACGUCUCCGCGCCUGGUAGCAGCAAGAAAACCUCGCAGCCGACAGCGUAGCCCGCCGAAAGCUAAGAGGUCUUUUUUGAAUAGAGGAGAGACCACGUCAGUGCUGAGCUUUGAGACUCUUGCAUCGCAGACCUCAAGCACCAGUCAAAGGAAGAAGCGGAAGAUAAACUCUGCAGAAACACAAGCGGCGGAAAUGAACACUAAAAUUGAGUCCGCACACACUAAGUUGAAGAGAAAACACUUACAUGUGGGAUGUCCAAUCGAUGCCGUCGACGCUUCUGACAUGACCUGGCAUGCAGCUCGAAUACGCUAUGUAGAGAAUAUGGAGCAGGUUGGCAAAUCUGUUGAAAGCACAAUUGAGAAGGAAGGAGCAUCAUCUUCGGAAAUGGGCGUGAAGAAACCAGCUACCGUACUGAAAAUGAAGUCGCGUACGACAGCAGGUUCAAGCGAUACGACUACUGAUGUCGAAGAUUCCUUAUUUGCAUCUCAAUUUGUUCUCGUUCAUUUCGAAGGCUGGGGCACAGAAUACAAUGAAUGGGUCAAAAUAUCUCAACUACGUACUCGCACAGCCGAUGCUUUGUAUGGCCCAUUGGGACCGGAUUCGGAAGCAAGAUGGGAUGCUAUUAAAGCUGCAAGUGAGCAACGAGAUGCGCGUUCAACAAAAACGGGCAUCACAUACGAUACAGACACUUUGUCACACGCCUGUACAUGCUCUCGACCGGACGAAGCACAUCCAGAGAGACCGGAUAGGAUAGCAAGCAUCUUGAAGGCGUUCGAUGAUGAGAAACUACUAGAACGAGUGGUACCAGUACGAGGAAGAGAAGCAACAAAAGAAGAACUAUUGGCAGUUCACGCAAAUGCACAUGUAUAUAAUUACGGAGGAGCUGCUGUUGAUGGACAUGGCAAGGAGCCCCCAAACAUAGAGAAGAUGCAUUGCGGAGGCCCAGGAAUUGCUACGGACACAGUCUUUAACGUUGAAGACACAUCGCGUGCAGCUCGGCUUAGUGCUGGAUCAUUGGUCGAGUUGGCGAGAUCUACCAUAAGGGGUAAGCUGAAAAAUGGUUUUGCUAUCAUCAGGCCACCCGGUCACCAUGCAGAGAGAGAUGCAGCAGGGGGCUUUUGCUUUUUCAAUAAUGUCGGUAUCGCGGUACGAGCGGCGAGGAAGGAAUUCAAUGUCGCCAAAGUCAUGAUCGUAGAUUGGGAUGUUCAUCACGGCAAUGGUACGCAGGACGUAUUCAAGGAUGACCCUAACGUACUAUACCUCUCCCUGCACAGGUAUGACCACGGUGAAUUCUAUCCAGGUACGGGUUCGACAGAGGAAGUUGGGCUCGGUGAUGCGCAGGGAAUGACAGUGAACAUAGCGUGGAAUGAUUGUGAUGAUAGCCCUCCGGGUAACACCGAAUACAUGGCUGCGUUUCUGCAUAUUAUACUUCCAAUAGCCAAAGAAUUUGCACCCGAAGUAAUUGUCAUCAGUGCAGGAUUUGACGCCGCCGAUGGUGACCAUAUCGGGAAUUGCAAAGUAGCUGCCAGCGGCUUCGCACACAUGACGAAGACGCUGAUGGAUUUCAUGGAUGGCAGGGUGCUCCUUUCCCUGGAGGGCGGUUAUAGGCUGAGUGCUCUAUCAGAGUGUGCAACAGCAUGUAUGAAAGUGUUGCUGGGCGAGAAACCUCCCCCUAUGAGCACACCGUCAUCUAGAUCCCAUAGUCUAGCUUUGAUAACUAAGCCGAACGUUCCACAAUAUAACGCUAUCAAGUCGCUCAAUGAGGUUGUCAGAGUUCACAGGAAAUAUUGGAAAUGCAUGCAAGAGCUCUGGGAAACAGUAGUUUGCGAGGACAUGAUACGUUCUGGUCAAUUUGGCCGAAGUCAUAAGGUCACUGACGAUACUGAUGGAGGCACGAGUGAUGUAAGUCUCCAAAGUGAAGACGACUACGGAACUGGAAAAUCUGCAACUGUGAUGGGAAGAUCAAUCAGCGUAGGUAGCAACGAAGGAGCCGGUGGGAAGUUGGAGUCCGCCUCGUUAGAGGAUCUACUAAAACGAACGACAAGCAAAUCAAGGAUGUCCCAAUCACCGACACAAUACAUGCCAAGCCUUAAAUCAUUGCCCAAGGUGGAAGUAAAUGGAAGCACACCACCCAACGCUCCCGAAGAUGGUGUCGCUGGGGCGAAAAGCGAAAGCACAGGGAAAAAAAUAUUCGCUGAUAUCAGUUCUUUAUCGAAGGUGCUGAGCGAUAGUGAGAAUGAUGAUACCAACUUGAACGAGAAUUUAGACACGGCUAGCACAAAAGCUAAGAUUAGGAGAUCGAGACGAAAAAAGAAGUUUAGGUUCUUUAAGGCGGACAUCGCCACGAUCACCCUCCCGCGCACCCUUGAUCGUAAAUACUAGGCAACUAAGAAGUGUUGAAAAGAAACGUAAUUCCGGG